AGGAUCCUAGUCCACUUUCCAUUGACAAGCCAAAAAUUUCCUUUUUGUUCUCUAGUGACAUGAAUGCUGAUGAUGAUGCUAAGUGGCUGGAGUGGGUGUCAUUUCAAUUUGAGGCCAUCGCUGGAGAAGACCGAGAGAUUGACCUGCAAGAGUUCAAGAAAGCACUGAAAGUGAAAGAGUCCUUCUUUGCGGAGAGAUUUUUUGCUCUGUUUGACUCCGAUGGAAGUGGCACCAUUACUCUACAAGAACUUCUGGGGGCUUUAAACCUACUCAUCCAUGGGAAUACAAUGGACAAACUCAAGUUCCUCUUCCAAGUCUAUGAUGUGGAUGGGCUAUGUUAUUUUUCUUAUUCCCCAUCUACAGGAAGUCAGUGGUCUCUCGGGAAAUGUAGUUCCCCUUUAGGUCAUGGAAAUGGCUCCAUUGAUCCAGAUGAGCUACGAGUAGUGCUGCAGUCAUGCCUAAAGGAGAGUGCCAUCUCUCUGCCAGAAGAAAAGCUGGAUGACCUCACUCUGGCCCUCUUUGAAUCAGCUGACAAAGACCACAGUGGUUCUAUAACCUUUGAGGAGCUCCAGGAAGAAUUAGACAAAUUUCCUGAGGUCAUGGAGAAUUUAACCAUCAGUGCAGCUAAUUGGCUGAAGCCUCCAUCCUCCAAGAAAAGGCCACAGAUACCCCGCCACCUGACUUCAGCAUACUGGCAUAACAACUGUGGCAAGCUGGCCGUUCUGGCUGUCUACAUUGGACUCAACAUCCUGCUUUUUACUCUGGCAGCCCUGAAGUACCAGUCCUCUGGAACCAGGAUCAUGAUCGCUAGAGGUGGUGGCCAAUGUCUGAACUUCAACUGUAGUUUCAUCGUGGUAUUGAUGUUGCGGCGUUGUCUCACUUGGUUAAGGGCCACAUGGUUGGCCCGAGUUUUACCACUGGACCAGAAUGUUGAGUUCCACCAGCUCAUCGGCUAUGUGGUAGUUGGAUUCUCCUUCCUACAUACCACUGCCCAUGUGGUCAACUUUGCUCAACUGGCUCAAUCAGAGAACAGCACCUUCCAGUUCUGGGAAUAUCUCCUCACCACUCGGCCUGGCAUUGGCUGGGUCUAUGGCACAGCAUCCCUCACGGGCAUCGUCUUGCAGCUUCUCAUCCUCAUCAUGCUUGUAUGUUCCUGCUCCUUUGUCCGAAGGAGUGGACACUUUGAGGUAUUCUAUUGGACUCACCUCUUGUACAUCUCUAUCUGGGCGCUACUUAUUGUACAUGGGCCCAAUUUCUGGAAGUGGCUGCUGGUCCCUGGUCUCUUAUUCUUCCUGGAGAAAGUUGUGGGGCUAGUAUUGUCACGCAUGGCAGCCCUGAGCAUUGUGGAAGUCAAUCUCCUCUCCUCCAAGGUUACUCACCUCGUGAUCAGUCGGCCCCCUUUUUUCCGUUACAAACCUGGAGACUACAUAUACUUGAAUAUCCCAGCUAUUGCCAAAUAUGAGUGGCACCCUUUCACCAUCAGCAGUGCUCCAGAGCAAGAAGACACUAUCUGGCUGCACAUCAGAUCUCAAGGACAGUGGACAAAUAGGCUAUAUGAAUACUUCAAGGCUGCUGACCCCAUUUGUCUUGGUGCCAAGAGGUUGACCCAAAGCCUAAAGCUCAGAAGGAGUCAGAGGAAGUCCCAGGAAACCAGGGUUGAGGUCCUGAGUGCUCAUUCUGCUAGUGCAAAGGUAGGAGAAGUGGCCACUAGCAUGGAGGACACUGUGGAACUGAUGUCCUACAAUCCUGAGAAAUCACCCCAGCAAGAGAAGGAAGACCUUGUUCACUGUGGAAAGGAGAAAGAAGAGAACCCUCUGCUGAGAAACGUCCUUCCCCUGUUGAAUGAAAACCAUCGUUUCUGUAAAAUUAAGUGCUACCUGGAUGGUCCCUAUGGAACUCCUACUCGAAGGAUCUUUGCUUCUGAACAUGCAGUGUUGAUUGGGGCUGGUAUUGGCAUCACUCCUUUUGCCUCCAUUCUGCAAAGCAUUAUGUACAGGCACCAAAAGAGAAAGCAACAUUGCCCCAACUGCCAUUACUCGUGGUGUGAAGACAUUAGGGAUGAUGAAAUGAAACUGCAGAAGGUGGACUUCAUUUGGAUCAACCGUGACCAGAAAUCAUUCGAAUGGUUUGUGAGUUUGCUGACCAAGCUUGAGAUGGAUCAAGCUGAAGAGGAACAUGGAGGCCAUUUCCUAGAGCUUCACAUGUACAUGACUUCAGCCUUGAGCAAGAAUGACAUGAAGGCCAUUGGCCUGCAGAUGGCUCUUGAUCUCCUGGCCAAGAAAGAGAAUAAAGACUCCAUCACUGGGCUCAAGACAAGAACCCAGCCAGGGAGACCAGACUGGAGCAAAGUAUUCCAAAAGGUGGCUGCUGAAAAGAAGGGCAAAGUCCAGGUCUUCUUCUGUGGCUCUCCAGCUCUGGCCAAGGUGCUGAAGAGUCACUGUGAACAGCUUAACUUCAAGUUCUUCAAAGAGAAUUUCUAAUCCCAAUAUUGCAAACCCCCUCUCCCUCCCUCCCUCCCUUCCUCCUUCUCUCUCUCUCUCUCUCUCUCUCUCUCUCUCUCUCUCUCUCUCUCUCUCUCUCAGAACUGGGAAACAGGUCAUCCUUGGAGGAGUAAUUUAGUGGUGAUUGAUUAUUGUUGAAUUCAAAACUUGCCAGUUGUUAUCAAAUUCAUGGUGACACUGGCUGCCUGAAAAGACAAAGACAAAGGCAGAGGUAGUAAUGCUUAUCUCCAAAUUUUGCUUUCUUCUGACAGAACUGAAGAGACCUGAAGAUUUCUCAUUUGAAUACAAUGUGGCAGAAAAUAUAUCAUUGAAUGUUUAUAUCCCAGAACUUUGGAGGGUUUUCAUGUUUGUUUCACAACCAUCUACUAAGAGAACAUUGUACACAGAAAGUGAAACAUUGUAGUACUAUCCAAUGUACUAGUAGCACAGCAAUAAUCCAGGACAUUCCUGAAAGAUUUAUGAGAAAGAAUGCUAUCCACAUUGAGAGAAAGAACUAUGAGAGUAGAAACACAAAAGAAAAACAUAUGACAUCACUUAUCAUUUGUUUAUAUGGGUAUGAGAUUGGGGGUUUUGGCUUUAAAAGAUUGCUCUAUAGUAAAAAUGAAUAAUAUGGAAAUAGGUAUCAAGUGAUAAUGUUUGUACAACCCAGUGGAAUUGCUUGUUGGCUCUGGGAGUGGGGAGGGAAGAGGGGAGGAAAAGAAAAUGAAUCAUGUAAACAUGGAAAAAUAUUUUAAAUAAAUAAAUGAGAGUGAAAAAACUAACUAAAUAAAUAAGUAAACUAAAGUAGUCUUUGAAGAGGCCCUCCCUACAAUCCCUAAUCUACUCUUUCCCUCAGAAUAAUAGAUGAACAUGUAAUUUUGGGGGACUCUCACUCCUUAGAUGGAGAAAUAAGGGUUGAAGGCAGUGAGAAAAGGGUUGAUGAAAAUGACUUCCCUCACUAUUCCCUCCCAGAGUCCCUGAAUUACUUGAGGGAGACAAAAUGGAGAUCUCCUCUCGGUGAAGACUUGCCCUUUGAUGGCCCUGCCAGCCCUCAAGGGUGGUGGGGAAGUCUCCUCUACCAGGAGAAGUAUGUGGGACCUCAAUCUGGCUAUGCACUGCUUUGGGGUACUCACAAACCUCCCCCUCAUAUCUUCUUGAAAACUGGUAACAAGAUGGAGUCUGCCAAUGGGCUUACUUUCUAAAUGUAAAUAAACAAGAUUGAA